GCUUUUUGGUGAUAUACCCUCUUAUUUACCGUCAAAUCGUUUAUGUGAAUUAUUAUAUUGGACCUGUCGAAGAAUACAAUUUUGGUUUUGUUUUUAUGAUGAAGACGUGGAAAUAGAUAUUGAAGAUUUAUUAUCGAAUCCAUUCAAUACACAACCUCCACCGUUGAAUGAGUUAAUUCGUAUAACUGGCUUUAACAAGGAUUGGAUUAUGUUUAUGUAUCGAAAUUUCAAGCAGGUUAAAAGAUUUCGUUGCUAA